CCGAAAAAAAACAUUAAGACCCACCCAAUAAUUGUGCUGGUGGUAACAUGAAUAAAACUGAAAGCCAGCCAGGAGAUCCACAGACAGCAAAGAAAACGGGAAUAUGUUAGGAUUUCAACCAAUUUAAUUCGGUGUUGGUGCAAGGCUGUGGAAUUGGAAACCUGUAGCUUCUACAUUGUCUGGUCAACGGGUUAAUACGUUGCAAGUGCCAUGGAUUGGGGAACAUUACAAGGUGUGCUCAGUGGAGUGAAUAAGUACUCAACUGGAUUUGGACGGAUCUGGCUAUCCGUAGUCUUCAUCUUCAGAGUCCUGGUUUACGUGGUAGCGGCAGAAAGUGUUUGGGGAGAUGAACAGAGUGACUUUGUCUGCAACACCUUGCAGCCAGGCUGCCCAAACACUUGCUACGACCACUACUUCCCCAUGUCGCACAUAAGAAUAUGGGCCCUGCAGCUGAUCUGUAUCACCACACCCUCUCUGCUGGUCGUCUUGCACGUGGCAUAUCGGAAAGAAAGGGAGAAAAAACAUAAGAUGAAACACGGAGAAAAUUGCACCCGACUGUACAAGAACACGGGGAAGAAGCAUGGCGGACUCUGGUGGACUUAUUUGAUGAGUCUCUUAUUUAAAACCGGGUUUGAAGCUGGUUUUUUGUAUGUUCUUCACAGCAUUUAUCAUCAAUUUUAUUUGCCUCGUCUCGUCAAGUGUUCCAUGUUCCCUUGCCCAAAUAUAGUUGAUUGUUUCAUUGCCAAGCCAACUGAGAAAAGGGUCUUCACGUACUUCAUGGUCGGAGGGUCGGGUCUUUGUAUUAUCCUCAACCUUUCUGAAAUAUUUUAUUUAGUUUUUAAACGAUGCUUUCAAGGUUGUAAAAAAACCAUCAAGAAAGAAGAGAUAAGCAUGUCUAAGAGAAGACGAAAUCUGAUUUUUCAAAACAGCAUUGAGAAGCAAAAUCCGGUUGAAUUUAACCAAAACAUUUAAAAAUGUCCUAAAUUAAUCUCAAAAUCAUUAUGAUGUGAUAUUUUGGAUCAGAUCAACCAUGAUAUUAUUGAAUGCUGAGCAAUCUUGAGAGGCUACAUGACUUGCUCCUGUGCCUGUCUCUAAUGUUCAUGAAUAAUACAUGCACUAUCCUGCUCUAUACCGUUUUAAAUGCUCUGUCAUAUUGACAAAAUAUAACGCGUACCUUUAA